AUGCCUACCAGACACGCCUCUCACGCCGGGGCCUGGUACUCUGAUAUUGCCCGAACCCUGACUCACCAGCUGGAUGACUGGUUGGCUCAAGUGCCGGAGUCCUUGGAUACGGUUGGAUCGCUGCCAGUGCCUGGAGCCCGAGUGAUCAUUGCCCCACAUGCGGGAUAUUCCUACUCAGGACCCUGUGCAGCCUUUGCAUACAAGGCCCUCGAUCUGUCCAAGGCAAAGCGCAUUUUUGUCUUGGGACCAUCGCACCAUUACUCAUUGUCAACGCUGGCUCUCCCCGAAGUCACCUCAUACGAGACCCCGCUCUCUAACGACCCCCUGCCACUAGACACGGAGCUUAUCAGCGAGCUCCUGACCGCACAAGCAACCAAACCCAAUGGAUCCAAGAUGCGGUUUACCACCAUGAGCCAGUCUGUCGACGAGGAUGAGCAUAGCAUCGAAAUGCACCUUCCAUACAUCCAUCGCCUACUGCAGCUACAGUUUCCAAACGCUCCAACAGCACAGUACCCACCGCUCGUUCCCAUCAUGGUUGGAAGUACAUCUGCCGCGACGGAGCAGGCAUUCGGUGCCUUGUUAGCUCCGUACCUAGCAGAUCCAUCGAAUGCCUUUGUGAUCAGCUCGGACUUUUGCCACUGGGGUCUCCGCUUCCGCUACACAUACUACGUGCCACAGGCGCCUAAUCCAGGACCAGUACUCCCAUUAUCAAGUGACGAGCUACCCCAGCCAGGACAGGAUCCCGACGACAUCCUAGAGAGCAUCGAUUCAGUCUGCGUGGGCCAUGAUUUGCAGAGGCGCGAUUGGGUCUCGGGGACGGCGCCUGCUAUUCACGAGAGUAUUUCUGCAUUUGAUAUUGCGACCAUGACGGCUAUCACGACUGGAUCGGCUCGCACGUUCCUCGACACUAUUGAGCGUACCGGGAAUACGGUCUGCGGUCGACAUCCGAUUGGAGUGAUCAUGGCGGCGCUCGAGGUUGUGACGGCGAGCCACCCCGAGCGCAAGAACGGCCUCUUCCAUUUCCUUCGGUAUGAGCGCAGCUCGGAUGCCGUGGAUGUGAUGGACAGUUCUGUUAGCUAUGUCUCUGCCGUGGCAGUUCUCUAG